UUUAGCGCCAUCUGCUCGCGGCGCCGCCUCCUGCUCCUCCCGUCGUCGCUGCCGCUGCCGCCGCCCUGAGUCACUGACUGCGCAGCUCCGGCCGCCCGGCUCCGCGUCCGAGCCUCCUGGAACGAUAUUUGGAGUUCUUACAAGAUGGCAGACAUUGACAACAAAGAACAGUCUGAACUUGAUCAAGAUUUGGAAGAUGUUGAAGAAGUAGAAGAAGAAGAAACGGGUGAAGAAACAAAAAUCAAAGCACGUCAGCUAACUGUUCAGAUGAUGCAAAAUCCUCAGAUUCUUGCAGCUCUUCAGGAAAGACUUGAUGGUCUGGUAGACACACCAACAGGAUACAUUGAAAGCUUGCCUAAGGUAGUCAAAAGACGAGUGAAUGCUCUCAAGAAUCUUCAAGUUAAAUGUGCACAGAUAGAAGCCAAAUUCUAUGAGGAAGUUCAUGAUCUUGAGAGAAAGUAUGCUGUUCUCUAUCAGCCUUUAUUUGAUAAGCGAUUUGAGAUCAUUAAUGCAAUCUAUGAACCUACAGAAGAAGAAUGUGAGUGGAAACCAGAUGAGGAGGAUGAAGUUUCGGAGGAGCUGAAAGAAAAGGCCAAGAUUGAAGAUGAGAAGAAAGAUGAAGAAAAAGAAGACCCUAAAGGAAUUCCUGAAUUUUGGUUGACGGUUUUUAAGAAUGUUGAUUUGCUCAGUGAUAUGGUUCAGGAACAUGAUGAACCUAUUCUGAAGCACUUGAAAGAUAUUAAAGUGAAGUUUUCGGAUGCUGGCCAGCCUAUGGUAAAAGAAGUUUUAAAUAUUUAUAGUUUUGUAGUAUGUUACUUUGAAAUUGGUCACUUUUUACGUGAGCGUAUAAUCCCAAGAUCAGUGUUAUACUUCACUGGAGAAGCUAUUGAGGACGACGAUGAUGAUUAUGAUGAAGAAGGUGAAGAAGCUGACGAGGAAGGGGAAGAAGAAGGAGAUGAGGAAAACGAUCCAGACUAUGACCCAAAGAAGGAUCAAAACCCAGCCGAGUGCAAGCAGCAGUGAGCAGUGACUGGCCUUGAGGACGGCCUCCCUGUAAUAGCCUAAACAUGAC